ACGGGACGGUCGGGGGACGGGGGCCAAUAUGGCGGUAGCCGAGCGAACGCGCUCACGACGUGAAUCGCGCGCGCGCUUAUCGACGACAAUCGCGUGAGAUGGCCCGGCUCGCAUGUACAGUGCUAACAACCGUCACGCCGAUCUCGUAGUUCGCUUACAACAUCACCGGAUAAUCGCCGCGGGAACCGUCGGCGAUGUUAGCUUGAUGCAACACGCGUUCCUUCUCGAUUCCUUUAAUCGGGCCAAAAAAAACUUCGCUCGCUCGCUUGUCUCGGGGCCCGCAUAUUCUGCCAGUAACACUAGUAGCGUAUCUACGCGACCUCGCGCUAAGGAAUCAUCGUCGUCCUUAUCGUCCUAGCACCGCCACACAUCGUGACAAGGAACGCACACGAGAUCCCGCAACACCUCAUUUGUCAUGGCAACAAAAAAGUAUGAUGAUGGAGUGAGCGAUGAUACUAGUGGGAGUGACUUUGAUGAUGAAGAAGAUCCUGAUAAAAUUGAAGUACCUGGUGGUGGUAAAGAUCUUGCAACUGCUGCUGGAAUUGCUAAUAUCAAAGAUGAAAAGCCUACAGAUUUGCCAACAAAUUCUUUGGAAAAAACACAAGGAGCAUUGAAUGCAUUAAACCAAAAAUUUGGCAACAAAAUUCCUGGAGGAUUAGUAACAAAGGCUGCAACACCAGGUUAUGAAAUGGUGCAUGUAGGAGGCUCUCAAGGCAAUCCACCAGGAUUUGUUAACACAAAUCAAUUAAAUCAACUCAAUCAGUUAGCAGCUAGUGGAUAUGGUUUUCCACCAGGAUUAGCUUCUCUUGCAGGAUUUAACCCUGCUGCUUUUCUGCAAUCUAGUAUGGGCAUGGAUAUGAAUGCUUUAAUGGGUAGCUUCAUGGGUAUGCCUGGGAUGAAUAUGGGAGUUAACCCUUUUGUUCAGUUGCUUAAUCAAAGUGGAAUUCAUCCCAAUUGGCCAGGCCUUUCAGGAAAAACCGUGUCACAAAUGUGGAUGAAUUCAGGUGAUCCAACAAAAAUGAUGCAACCAAAUAUACCAGAAGAGGAAGAAGUAGAUGAUGAAGAUAUGGGUGUUGCCGAGACUUAUGCCGAUUACAUGCCAACAAAACUCAAACUGGGACGAAAGCAUCCGGAUCCGGUUGUCGAAACGGCAUCCUUGUCAAGCGUCGAGCCAACAGAUGUUUGGUAUAAGUUAUCCAUACCGGAUGAUACGAUACGAUCUGGCGCGUUAUCUGCGCUUCAACUCGAGUCUAUCACAUACACAUCUCAACAGCAUGAGCAUUUGCUGCCCGAUGGUACACGUGCCGGAUUUCUCAUUGGCGACGGUGCAGGUGUCGGUAAAGGCAGAACCAUAGCCGGCGUAAUAUUCGAGAAUUAUUUGAAAAGCCGAAAACGUGCUAUUUGGGUAUCAGUGUCCAACGACCUCAAAUACGACGCCGAACGCGAUUUAAAAGACAUAGGAGCAUCUAAAAUCGAAGUACAUCCAUUGAAUAAAUUUAAGUAUGCGAAAAUCUCAUCAGCCGUAAAUGGCAAUGUGAAAAAAGGUGUAAUCUUCAGCACAUAUUCUGCAUUAAUUGGUGAAUCGUCACAGAGUGGCGGAAAAUACAAGAGCCGUUUGAAACAGCUAUUGCAAUGGUGUGGUGAAGAUUUUGAUGGUCUAAUAAUCUUUGACGAAUGUCAUCGUGCGAAAAAUUUGUGCCCUACCGGAAGUUCAAAACCUACAAAGACAGGAUUAACGGUCUUGGAACUACAAAAUAAACUUCCAAAGGCUCGAGUCGUAUACGCCAGCGCCACCGGCGCUUCCGAACCUCGCAACAUGGCCUAUAUGGUACGACUAGGCAUGUGGGGCGAAGGCACACCUUUCCCGGAAUUUAACGAUUUUAUCACCGCUGUGGAAAAACGCGGUGUCGGCGCGAUGGAAAUCGUAGCAAUGGACAUGAAACUGCGUGGUAUGUAUAUUGCUCGACAGUUGAGUUUUCACGGUGUUGCCUUCAAGAUUGAGGAGGUACCUCUUUCCAAGGAUUUCACGAAAGUGUAUGAUCAUUCAGUACGAUUGUGGGUGGAAGCGAUGCAAAGAUUUCAAGAAGCGGCAGAGUUGAUAGACGCGGAAAAUCGCAUGAAAAAGACGAUGUGGGGUCAAUUUUGGUCAUCACAUCAGCGCUUCUUUAAGUAUCUCUGUAUUGCUGCGAAAGUAAAGCAUGCAGUUGCUGUGGCACGCGAGGCGGUUAAAUGCGGCAAGUGCGUAGUGAUUGGUCUGCAGUCUACCGGCGAGGCACGCACUUUGGAACAAUUAGAACGCGAUGACGGUGAACUCAGCGAUUUCGUUUCUACUGCCAAGGGUGUUUUGCAAACGCUAGUGGAGAAACAUUUUCCGGCACCAGAUCGUAAUCGCAUCCAACGUCUUCUCGGUCUAGAACCACCAAAGCUUAAAUUAGAAGGCGAUGAUGAUAUGGAUGGUGCUGGUGGUUCUGCGGGUGGUAGUAAAAGGAAACCAAUCCGGCAAGCGGCACAGCGUGCAUCGAAAAAAGUGCGCGCUUGGUCGUCAGAAGAGGAGAUAUCGGAGGAGGAUAGAAACGGUGCUCAUAGUUCUGGUUCGGAGUUUAAAUUAAGCGGUAGUGAAAGCGAAGAUGAUCAUCAUACCGACGAAGAGAGCAAUGUCAGUUCCGAUUUUAAUCCGUUCUUCAGCGACAGCGAUUCUGAUGCUGAUCCUUGGGAUAGGCGAAAGAAAAAGGGCAAGAAACAAAAGAAACCCGCGAAGAAACGUUUGAGCACACAAGAUAAAAUCCAGUCGAUGCUGGUGCACAAACAGUCGGGUAACAGAAAUAAACGCAAUGGCGACACGGCGAUGAGCGGUGGACCUAUGAAUGCCAUUGGCGGAGCUAUGCCUAAUAAUCAGGCACCGCCUAGAGAUGCUAUCGAAAGAGCUUGUAGUAUGAAGGAAGAAUUAUUAUCGCAAAUAGAGACUCUUGGCGAGCGAUUGCCCCCAAACACGCUAGAUCAAUUGAUAGAUGAGCUCGGCGGACCAGAGAAUGUUGCAGAGAUGACAGGUAGAAAAGGUCGCGUCGUACAAACAGAGGACGGUGCAAUACAAUACGAGUCCAGAUCGGAAGUAGAUGUUCCUUUGGAAACCCUCAAUCUGACAGAGAAGCAAAGGUUCAUGGAUGGAGAGAAAACUGUAGCGAUAAUUUCCGAAGCGGCCAGCAGCGGUAUAUCAUUACAGAGCGACAGACGAGCGAGGAAUCAAAUGCGACGUGUGCAUAUCACUCUCGAAUUGCCGUGGAGCGCGGAUAGAGCGAUACAGCAGUUUGGACGAACACAUCGAUCGAAUCAAGUUAACGCGCCGGAAUAUAUAUUUCUUAUAUCGGAUUUGGCCGGAGAAAGGAGAUUUGCCUCGAUUGUUGCUAAGCGUCUAGAAAGUCUGGGUGCGCUAACGCACGGUGAUCGUCGCGCGACGGAGACUCGAGAUCUCUCGCAAUUUAAUAUCGAUAACAAAUAUGGUCGCGCGGCACUGGAAGCGACGAUGAAAACUAUAAUGGGGUAUGAAGCGCCAUUAGUACCACCACCUCAAGACUAUCAUGGAGACUUUUUCAAAGACGUGGCUGACGCGCUGGUGGGCGUCGGUUUGAUUUGCAACAGCGAGAGCACACCAGGUGUGCUUACGCUCGACAAGGACUACAACAACAUGUCAAAAUUCUUGAAUCGUAUUCUCGGCAUGCCGGUCGAUCUGCAAAAUCGUCUGUUCAAAUAUUUCACCGAUACACUCAACGCCAUCAUCACGCAGGCUAAGAAAACUGGCCGCUUCGACAUGGGUAUCCUCGACCUCGGGACAUCGGGCGAAAACGUCCACAGAGUGCGACUAUAUCGAUUCUUGCGAAAACAUGCGACCGGCAAGGCGCCAACGGAAUUACACGUGGUUCAUGUUGAACGUGGCAUGAGCUGGUCCGAAGCCACGAACAAAUGCUCGGAAUUAACCGGUCCGAAAGAGGGUUUCUACCUGAGCCAUCAAAUCCGUAAUGGCAAACAGACGGCCAUUCUCGCGAUCGUAGUGGACAGUGGCAAGAAGAAAACCGAGAGCAAGAAAGAUCAGCUUUAUAUGGUGUAUAGGCCCAACACGGGACUACAGCUACGACAGGAGACUCUAGGUGAAUUAGAAAAAAAGUAUAAGAAAGUGAGUGCCGACGAGGCGGAGCCACACUGGACGCAACAGUAUGAAGCUUCCGUGAAUACGUGUUCACAUGCGUAUUGGAGCGGAAAUUGUAAAAACGCCACUCUCGGACUCAUGGACUGUGAAGUGGGGCUAAGAAGACGUUCCUAUAAUGUAUUAGCCGGUUCGGUUCUGAGUGUUUGGAGCCGCGUGGAAAAUGUGCUCGCUGCACGAUCUGGACAUAAUUCUAAGAUGCAAGUUGUAAGGCUGCGAACCGAUGAAGGGUUGAAGAUUGUCGGGACGCUUAUUCCAAAGUCUUGUAUGGAAGCGUUGCGUCAAGCGCUUUCCUCCGACGCGGAAAACACGGAGGAACUGACGUUUUGAAUGUUGUAUCAAGGAGGUAUGAAUAGGACCAAGCAAGCUUAUCGGCACGAUUCUAAUAUGCCGUGACUCUAGAAGAACCUCUUUUUUUCUCAAAUCUUUCAUCGGAACGCAAGAGGAAUGCGAAUUGUGCGAACAUGCAACCGUUAUCAGGCGUAUUACUGGAAUCUUUGAUACGUCGAAAAAUAGAUUCUACAGUGGAUCUACUAGUCGGAAACAGUCGCCGCUUUGCUAUCCGAUGUUAAUAAAUACGAGUAAACGCUUCUAUAAUUAACUGACAAAGUCAAGACUAUACAACUUGCUGCUUGGUUAUUUGUCAUGCAAUCGUGAAAAUUGUAACAUUCACCCGCCGUAUACCAAUGUAGAUUUCUAAGUAGUUAGACUUCUCUUUUGUUAUCUUCUAGAGAUAUACAUAUGCGCCUUCCCCCUCUCCUCUCU